CUUGAAAUUGAAUAAUUUCCAAAGUGUUUCAUACGGUUGACUGAUUAUUUCAGAACCGCCUUGUCUUUAAACAGUAGCCGCGCUAUCCCUGAUUCACCAAGAUGGUCAAGGAAGACAAGACAACAUGGAAGGCCAACUACUUCGUCAAGAUCGCUCAACUUCUGGAUGAUUAUCCCAAGUGUUUUGUUGUGAAUGCUGACAAUGUGGGCUCCAAGCAGAUGCAGCAGAUCCGGGCUGCUCUCAGAGGACAAGCCAUUGUGUUGAUGGGAAAGAACACCAUGAUGAGGAAGUCCAUCAGGGGACACCUUGACAAGAACCCCGCCCUGGAAAGACUGCUGCCUCACAUCGUUGGUAACGUUGGUCUGGUCUUUACCAAGGGAGAUCUUAUGGAGGUUCGGGACCUGCUGCUGGCCAAUAAGGUGGAAGCCCCUGCCCGUGCUGGAGCAAUUGCCCCUGUGGAUGUAACGGUGCCCAAACAGGCGACUGCUCUUGGACCCGAGAAGACCUCUUUCUUCCAGGCUCUCCAUAUCACCACCAAGAUCACCAAGGGAUGCAUUGAAAUGCUGAACGAUGUGCGCCUGAUCACAGAAGGAGACAAGGUCGGAGCCUCCGAGGCCACACUCCUCAACAUGUUGGGGAUCUCGCCCUUCUCCUAUGGUCUCGCUAUUAAGAGAGUGUACGACUCUGGCUCAGUGUUCGAGUCCAAGAUCCUGGACAUCACCGAUGAUGCCCUGCGUGGAAGGUUCCUGGAGGGAGUGCGAAACGUUGCAUCAGUCUCCCUGCAGAUCGGCUACCCAACUGCGGCUUCCGCCCCUCAUUCCAUCAUCAACGGAUUCAAGAAACUUCUUGCCAUCGCUGUAGAGACAGACUACACCUUCCCUGAGGCUCAGAGGACAAAGGACUUCUUGGCCGACCCAACUGCGUUCGCAGUUGCCACUGCCCCAGCUGCAGCCUCUUCCGCCCCAGCCGAGGAGAAGAAAGAAGAGAAGAAGGAGGAAUCCGAGGAGUCUGAUGACGAUAUGGGCUUUGGGCUGUUCGAUUAAACAUUGUGUCCAUCACCCUAAGGAUUUUUCACCUGUGGGAUGUGACCAUGAACUCUGGACAGUCUCUGUCUGUGUCAUAUGUCUCUUGACUCGUUCCUUAUUUAAUUAAUAAAACUAAAUUAGAUCCACAAUUGUGCUUAAUGCAUCAAUUGUCUCGUUUUUUCCAUCUUGUAAACAACUUUGGAUUUCAUUCAGAAUAAAGCAUCUGUUGGUCA